CUUACUCAAAUGACUCAUGUUUAGCCUUUAUAAAAGUUUAAUUGGCCUGUAUAAUUAACACUGAGGGGAAAGACAUAUCUGUGGUGUGACUUUGGAGAGAAGAAAAAAAAGACCUGUCUGGAUGAGAAGUGUGCAGAGCCGACAGGAUGAAAGUGAGUGAUCUUAUUGCUGUUAUAAAUAAAUAAUUAUUAAUCAUUCAAUUUGUUUCAAACAAGAAAAAAUCUCUUAAAAUAUAACGGAACUUGAUUGUUUUCCUUUCUUUGUUACUGAGCUGGUAUAUGGCUGUUAACUUGGCACCUAUGGGUGCAGAUGAGGCACCACCUGACCCGCUGGGAGGCGUGUCAAACUGCACUCGGAUCUGUGUCACCUUCAGUGAUACCUGUCCGACAUGCACCCAUCGGCGAUGACAAUAAAGCCAAAGAGCGGUGCAGUCUAAGCCAUGAGUCAGUUUCGGGCGAUAGUGGGUGUGCUGAGGGGCGGGCGUGUUGGAGGGAGUCAGUGGCUGCGAGGGCGUGGAGGGGGCCCGGUCAGGCGCUGGAUUGAUCCAAAGAGAGGCUGCUCCUCCGGGGCAGCUGCGCCUGUUCCCUCCGUGGUGGCCAGUAGUUCCAACUAUGUGGAGGAGAUGUACUUCGCCUGGCUGGAGGAUCAUAAAAACGUCCACGAGUCCUGGGACACGUUCUUCCGUAACAUGCCGGCCUCCAGUCCGUCUGGCGGGGCGGGAGAGAGACGCCCCUCUGCUCUGCUCCAGGGCCGAGUGCUGUCCCACUCACCAGACAUGGCACAGAAAGUGGUGGAGGACCACCUGGCUGUGCACACUCUCAUUAGAGCCUAUCAGAUUCGUGGUCACCAUGUUGCCCAGUUAGACCCUUUGGGAAUCCUGGAUGCUGACCUUGACUCCUUCGUUCCCUCUGACCUGAUCACCACCAUCGAUAAAUUAGGUUUCUACGGUCUUGAUGAGUCUGACUUGGACAGGAGCUUUCAGCUGCCCUCCACCACCUUCAUCGGAGGAGGAGACACCACUCUUCCUCUAAGAGAGAUCAUACGCAGACUAGAGAUGUCCUACUGUGGUCACAUAGGAGUCGAAUUCAUGUUCAUUAACAAUGUGGACCAGUGUCAAUGGAUCCGUCAGAAAUUUGAGACUCCAGGAAUCAUGCAGUUCAAUAAUGCUGAGAAGAGAACUUUGCUAGCCCGCCUGAUCAGAUCCACACGGUUUGAGGACUUCCUGGCCAGGAAGUGGUCAUCAGAGAAACGUUUUGGUCUGGAGGGCUGUGAAGUUCUCAUCCCUGCUCUUAAAACCAUCAUUGACACGUCGAGCGCUGCAGGCAUCGACAGUGUGAUCAUGGGGAUGCCACAUCGUGGUCGACUGAAUGUCUUGGCCAAUGUUAUCCGUAAGGAGCUGGAUCAGAUCUUUUGCCAGUUUGACCCCAAAUUGGAGGCGGCUGAUGAGGGCUCAGGGGAUGUCAAAUACCACCUUGGGAUGUACCAUGAGAGGAUUAACCGUGGGACAGACAAGAACAUCACGCUGUCACUCAUGGCGAACCCCUCCCACCUGGAGGCAGUAGAUCCAGUGGUUCAGGGCAAGGCCAAAGCUGAGCAGUUCUACAGAGGGGACACUCAGGGGAAAAAGGUGAUGUCCAUAUUGAUGCAUGGUGAUGCUGCUUUUGCUGGACAAGGAGUUGUGUAUGAGACCUUCCACCUAAGUGAGCUCCCUUCUUACACCACACAUGGUACAAUCCACGUGGUGGUCAACAAUCAGAUUGGCUUCACGACUGACCCUCGUGUGGCCCGCUCCUCUCCUUACCCCACUGAUGUGGCUCGGGUUGUGAAUGCACCCAUCUUCCAUGUAAAUGCCGAUGACCCCGAGGCUGUCAUGUACGUGUGUCGGGUGGCUGCAGAGUGGAAGACCACCUUCAACAAGGAUGUUGUCAUUGACCUCGUUUCUUACAGACGGUUUGGCCAUAAUGAAAUGGACGAGCCCAUGUUCACCCAGCCGCUGAUGUACAAACAAAUCCGUCGGCAGGAACAUGUGCUGAAAAAGUACUCCGACAGGCUCAUUGCAGAAGGAGUGGUGACACUGCAGGAAUUUGAGGAAGAAGUUGCCAAAUAUGACAAGAUAUGUGAGGAAGCAUACACCAGCUCCAAGGAUGAAAAGAUCUUACACAACCGACACUGGCUAGACUCCCCCUGGCCAGAUUUCUUCACAGCUGAGGGAGAACCCAAGAGCAUGAGCUGCCUCCCUACAGGAUUGGACGAGGAGGUCCUGCAGCACAUAGGCCAGACAGCCAGCUCAGUGCCUCUGGAAGAUUUUAAGAUCCACCCUGGUGUGUCUCGGAUCUUGCGUGGUCGGGCUGACCUGGUGAAGAAUCGGCAGAUGGACUGGGCUCUGGGAGAGUACAUGGCCUUCGGCACACUUCUCAAAGAUGGAAUCCAUGUGCGACUCAGUGGGCAGGAUGUAGAGCGGGGCACCUUUAGUCACCGUCAUCACGUUCUGCAUGACCAAGAGGUGGACAAACGUAUCUGUGUUCCCAUGAACCAUCUGUGGCCCAACCAGGCUCCUUACACCGUCUGCAACAGCUCUUUAUCAGAGUACGGAGUUCUAGGUUUUGAACUUGGCUUUGCCAUGGCCAGCCCUAAUGCUCUGAUCCUCUGGGAGGCCCAGUUUGGAGACUUUAACAACACAGCCCAGUGUAUCAUUGACCAGUUCAUCAGUUCAGGCCAGGCCAAGUGGGUCCGCAACAAUGGCAUUGUCCUACUACUGCCACAUGGGAUGGAGGGAAUGGGUCCUGAACAUUCAUCAGCCAGACCUGAGCGCUUCCUGCAAAUGAGCAAAGAUGACCCUGAUCACUUCCCUGAGUUCAUUGGAGAUUUUGAAGUCCAGCAGCUGAACGACUGCAACUGGAUCGUGGUCAACUGCUCCACGCCUGCCAACUACUGUCAUGUGCUCAGACGCCAGAUUAUGCUGCCAUUCAGAAAACCGUUGAUUAUUUUCACUCCCAAAUCUCUGCUGAGGCACCCCGAUGCAAGGUCCAGUUUUGAUGACCUCGCCAAUGGUACUAAAUUCAAGAGGUUGAUUCUAGACAUGGGAGCCGCCAGUCAAAGCCCUGGCCAAGUGAAAAGGGUGAUCUUCUGCACUGGUAAAGUCUACUAUGAACUGGCUAAAGAGAGGAAACUGCAAAACCUGGAGAAAGACAUUGCCAUCAUCAGACUUGAACAGAUCUCUCCAUUCCCGUUUGACCUGGUCAGAGCAGAGGUCGAAAAAUAUGCCAAUGCUGAGCUGAUCUGGUGUCAGGAGGAGCACAAGAACAUGGGUUACUAUGAUUAUGUCAGGCCACGUUUCCUCACAGUGGUGGCCAACAAGAAACCAAUUUGGUAUGUGGGACGAGACCCUGCUGCCGCUCCUGCAACAGGGAACAAGUCCACCCACCUCAAUGAGCUGAAGAGGUUCAUGGACACAGCUUUCAACCUGAACGCCUUCCAGGGGAGGGACAAUUGAUGGAUCCCUGGAACGUGAGGCAAGCUCUGGAGGUUCAGUUUCAUCUCCGACCACCAUGGGCUAUUUAUUAAGAUGAACAGCUCUUUCAAAUUUGUGACAAUCUAGAGUAUAGUCUAAUGUUUUUAGUGCUUAUUUUACCCCUGUUUAACUUAUGUGAAAGAUAACUUCACACUGACGGAAUUUUUCCUGGAUCACACUACAAUACAUUUAUGUUAUCAAAUUAGGUGAGAGAAGUCAAAAAAAUUUCGAACUCACACUCACUCUGUCAGGGCUUUACAAGGUCUCCUAAAUGCAGAACCAUUUAUCUUACACUGUGACGCACUUUACAGAAUAGAAUGACAAAUUAUUGUUCCCUGCACUGAUUUUCAUUCCCUGGCCAUACCCUGUGUCAAGUGAAGUCAAGUCACUUUUAUUUAUAUAACAGAAAAUCACAAGUUUACCUCAAAUGGCUUUACGGUCCUUAAACCCUGGAGUCAGAUAAGGAAAACCUCCACAAAAAAUAAACAGUUACAGUUGGUGAAUUGUCCAUUUUUCCAUCUGAUCUUGGCUUUUACAUGAAGAAUCAGGGCCUUUAUGAGGUAUUUUAGGGAAUAAACACAGUCACCACAACGUUUUUAUCCUUGAAAGAGUGCUACACCUCCAACACCUGUUUCUAAAUAAAUGUUGCUUACAACACAUUACAGACAGUAAAUACAAUCACUCAGUCACAGAACUGUCUCUUUAACACCUACUGUACUGUAGAAGACUGAUGAAGUAGCAACAGUGUACUCUUUGUAGCCCUGAUAACACUUACAUACUAAAAUUCAGAUUCCUGACAAUCACUGUUGUUGUAGGUAUAGCACAGUAGAUACCUCCAUUGCUGCUAUGCUGAAUAGAGUUAGUAGAAUCGAUUUGUAUUGUAUUGAUUUUGUAGAUGAAUAGUUGAAGCUACAAGACGCACACUGAAUACCACACUGGUGUACUUACAAUGAAUGUGAAUUACAUAUCACAGGUAUGAAGACUGUUCCUGAAAUUUAACACAUCAGUAGGUUUAAUGCCUGUUUUUGAUUUGGCUAUCUUCGCUGUUGGUGGAGGAGUCUGUAUUUAUUGUCAUACUUCACUUCAUCAGGAGACAUGAGCCAGCUGGCACAGAGACUUGCAGCCAUGUUUUCUACUUAGGACAUAAGGCUCAGCUUCCUCUUUGGAGGCUGAGGGAUGCACACACAAAAACACAGCAAAAUCUUGGACGCUUUGAGAGCAAUACUGACGCUUGGUUGUCACAUUUAAAUCCCUAGGUAUUUAACAGGAUUGAUUUUAGUUACCUUCGUGCUUUUAAAUUCUGUUUAAAAUUAUGCUUGUUGUUCAGCUGUACUGUAGCUUACCUUGUAGCUGGGAGAUUUAACUAUAAGCCAUACACAAACCUACAUUUACAUAUUUGAGGUUUUUACAUGUUAGUUUAUUAAUGAAAAUAAAGUACUGGAACAUGCACAACUUGUUGGAGUUGCACUUAACUUGGAAUAAUAAAUUAUGCAAUAAAAUAUGUUUAAGUUUAACAAUGAGCUUUGGUCAUGAUGUUUAGUUGCAGACGAUUUACGGUUUAUUUGUCAAAAAAACAUUAUGAAGAAUCUACAGUCAUGCUAGCAGCUCUUUGAGCUGAAUAUGAACAUGCUGUGUUUUAGCC